GGACUGAGUAAAGAUAAACCACCGGUUUUAGCACCAGUUAAUGAAGGAUAUAUAAAGUCUCCACUCAACAGUAGGAUGCAAAUUGUUGAUGAUACCAAUGGCUCUGAUUAUGUAUGCAUGACGGGUGGAUCUUCAGUAGCGGCCGUGGCUGCAGCCACCAGGGAUAAUGUUUCACUUGCAUCUGAAUCAAUUGGAUCUAGAAAUUUGGUAUCGGGGCUGACAUCACUUUGUUCUCCAGCACAAUCCCCAGCUCCCAGUCCUACUCCAAGUUCAGUAUCCCAGGUGUCUGCUGGUUCAAGAGGUUCUGGUGGUAGAGGAAAAAGCCUUCUGCCUUACAGUAUUACUCCACCUCGGCCUCCAGGUCCUAGUGAGGCUCAGCGGAAAAUUGAAGAGCUUACUAGACAGCUUGAAGAAGAAAUGGAAAGACAAGAUGAAGAUGGGGAAUAUUUUGGUAUUUGUCACACAUGCCGAGGUGGUGUGACUGGGGCAGGACAAGCAUGCCAGGCCAUGGGCAACCUGUACCACACUAAUUGCUUCAUUUGCUGCUCCUGUGGCCGUGCAUUGCGGGGCAAAGCUUUUUACAAUGUUCACGGGAAAGUUUAUUGUGAAGAAGAUUACUUGUACUCUGGUUUCCAACAGACAGCUGAAAAAUGUGCAAUUUGUGGGCAUUUAAUCAUGGAAAUGAUAUUGCAAGCCAUGGGCAAGUCUUACCACCCUGGCUGCUUCCGUUGCUGCAUAUGCAAUGAAUGUUUGGAUGGAGUUCCUUUCACUGUGGAUGUGGAUAACAAGAUUUACUGUGUGAAUGACUAUCAUCGCAUGUUUGCACCAAAAUGUGCCAGUUGUGGAAAAGGUAUCACACCAGUGGAAGGCACAGAUGAGACAGUUCGAGUGGUGUCAAUGGACCGGGACUUCCAUGUUGACUGCUAUAUGUGCUGUGUGUGUGGCAUGCAGCUCACCGAUGAGCCAGAUAAACGAUGUUAUCCUCUAGCAGGAAAGUUGAUGUGUCGUGCAUGUCACUUGGCCACCAUCGGAGCAGCCACUGGUCCCGGGAUGCCUCCUGCGCCUCACUUGUCCCCCGCAUCUUACAAAUACAUGGGUUAAGACUGCUUAUCGAUGGAAAUAUGCUGUUACAAAUGAAGACAUAAACUUUGUAAACAAUUAGUUACUUAUAACUUUUAUUCCACUUAUUUAUAUUUGUAUCAGAAAUGUUGUUCAGAAAUCGUGAUAUAAACUAGUGUUAUUUUAUAACCUGAAUAUAGUUAACGUGAUACAUUAUGAAGAAAGGUUAUUUACAGCAAUGGAUUUGAAAUGUACAAAUUUUAGUAUAAAAAGAAGAUGUGUGACAUUUAUUUACAAAGCUUUUAUCUUAUUUUGGAAUAGCAAAUAUUCAUGCAAUAUACUAUUGUGCGUGAUUUGCUCAAUAAUUUCGACAUUAUUUGAGAUGAACAAAUGAAAAAUAAAAACGGCUUUAAUGUAGGUUUUAUUUUAAUUAAUUGCAAAAAAGGUAAUUUAUUAUUAAUUCGUCUUAUAAAGCAAUUUAAUAUGGCGUAAUAAGAUACAGUAGUAGUAGUAAUAAUAUACAAUCCCAAUUACCACUUUAUAAGUCACAAAUAGGCUUGUUUUACAGCUGUUGGUUAAUACUGAACUAAAAAAAACUGAACUUUUAUCUUGACAAAUGUGAUUUGACUACAAUAAUUGCCUAUGAUGCUUUGUGAUAAUGUUAGAUGAUAUUUUGCUUUUUUUUUCUGUUGGAUAGGGUUAAACAGUUUGGGUCAAAUUGUAAAUCGAGGUAUAAGGGUUUGUUUGAAGAUUCAAAAAAUGUUUGUAAUUAGAGAAUGAAAACUAGUAUGGAAAAUUGUUGGUUAGCGGUGUAACUGUUUAUAUAAAUGCAUUUAUUAAGUUAACAAUUGUAGAAAUGGCAGCACACCUGGUCGCAAUUGUUACAAUAAUUAGGUGAAAGGCUCAUCUUUGUCAAAACAUUCCAGUUUUGUGCUGUCUGUAGG